AGAUAAGAUGUUCUGGGCGGGCAGUCUGCAUUUUUUUCAAGCUCUCAUUAUGCUGCACCGGCAUCUCCAGAUGCCAUUCCCAGGGAACUAAGCCGUUUUCUACCUAAAACUGCAAAGAGCAAUGGAGAGUGUAGGCAAAGACCAUGGUUAUUCGGACUCUUCCCUGCCACCCUCUGCAGCCCGUGAGGAGUAUGCUGUGCCAGAUGUCAUCAUCACCCGCCGCUUGAGAGACCGGGAGCUGCUCCGGAAAAGAAAGGCAGAAGCUCAAGAGAAAGACUCGAUUCAGUGGGUUCUGAAGGAGCAGAAGAGCAAAAGGCAAAGGAGAGGCAGAGGAGCCAGGAGAGGACGGGGCCGCCAGCUAGCAGUGGAGCCCAGCCUGGAGCCAGAACCAGAGCCAGCCUCCCAGCCCGACUCACAGGAGGAGGCUGAGCCAGCACCCUCCGGGCCAGCACCGCCUGAGCCAGUGCAAGAACAGCCGUCCAUGCUGACCAUCCAGGACCUGGUCAGUGGGAUGCAACCAGGACCAGUGGAGGAGGAGCUGGUAGCCGGGUGCCAGGAUCCCAUGGGUGAAGAGGAGGUGCUGAAACCAGCAGAAGCAGAAAUACCAGAAGCUUUGAAUACUCCUCUGGAAAAUGACCACCAGGAUAACAAAUACAGCACACAACUAUUUUAAUUUUCUGUUUGGGGAUUAUUUUUUAGUGUUUUGACUUCUGCCUGAAAAACUUCAACAAGUACUUGCAGAGUGAUUUUAACCAGCACCUUCCUUGUGAGUAAUAAAGCACACACUCUCCUGGUCA